GUCGCUAAGCAGUCUGUUUAUUUAUGGCGGGUCAAUGAUUGCAACAAUAAUCAGAUCAGGUAAUCAGGCCACUUUUCCCAUUUUUAUUUAAUAACUGAUACAAAAUCACUUAAUUUUCAUACAAUAAAUGCGUUAGCAUUUAUGGAUUUUUAUUUAUUUAUUUAAUUUCUCGGAUAAUAAUGACUAAGCUGGUCUAAGUGAACUAAUAACUAAGUCUAAGUCUGGCUAUUGGACGAGAAGGGACGCCUAGUACCGUUACACAGUACAGUACUAACCUCACAAAUAAUUCAAUAGAUGCGUUGGUAAUGGCCUGAAAAUUAACCCCAGGUUUCUUUGAGACCAUCCAUAAAUGAUGUCACACUAUUUUGGACCUCUCACCCAUCCUCACAUGUUAGUCUCAAACAUAAAAAAUGCCCUCACAAUCAAUACAUCAUCAUAAAUAGAUGAGAACCCCUCUUCCACACCCAGAUGCAUCAUGUUAUUUAAGGAUGGCUCCUUUUGAAUUUUGUUGAAAAUGUAAAAAUAAAUUCAUAAAUUCAUAUUAAUUUAUAAAAGUUUACAACACUGGUCACUGGCAAAGAUAGGUCUCUGGCUAUCUUCUCUAGCUCCUCUUUCUAAUAUGUAUUUUCAUCCUAGAUCACCUCUCUUUGCCAGCUUUUUUUGGGUCUCCACCAUAUUCUUGAUCCCUGAAUUUUAACACUUGUGAUUGACUUAUUAUAUUUGGCAUGGGUUUUCUCUUGGACCUGUCUACUGUGUUUGUAAUUUUUGUUGAAUCUCCUGAUGUUAAGGAUUCUACACUUUCAACUAUUCAUGAAGGUUUGAACUCUUUUCCAAUCUUUCUUUGCUGACCACCAUCUUUCUGAAUCAUUCAAAAGAACAAACAUAGCAUACUAAUUUGUGUCUCUCUUCUUAUAGGCCUAGAGUUGCAAAUAUCUUUAUGCAAUAAGUAUAAGCAAAACCACAUCUUACUUCCACUGUUAUUUUCAUGAUAUCUGCCUCUUAUCCCCCAUCCUUACUUUUGCAGUCCUCACCAUAUUAUAAUAAUCUUUGAUUUCCCGCCUAUUUUAUUUUUUUUAUGCAUACUGUUAGAUGUUUGAAUUUUAUGAGACACUUAAAUAAUUCAAUAAGCUUAUGAUUUCCUAUCAACUAUCAGCUAAAUUUUUCUCUCUGUGUUUUCUUUGCUGUCAAAUGCUACUUAAAUGAAACAUUAGCUAUUUCCUUUAUCAGGUUUUUUCUGACCCUCUAUAUAUUUCAUUUCAAAAGUUUAGACUUCUCUAUUUUCCAUCAUAAGCAAGAAUGCGUGUCAAAAUGUUACUCGUAUAUUCUAUGAUAUAUAUAUAUAUACAAUUAUUUAUAAUGGCAUUUUUAUAUUAGUAUAAAAAUAUUGGAUUUUGUUGGAAAUGAAUAUGAAAUAUAUUGAAUUUUUAUUUUCAACUUGCAUAUCAUUAUAAUCAUUAACUUUCCUUUAAUUGACUCAAAUUUUUAUAAAUAAAAUCUGAAGUUUGCUGGUGGAGAAUUUCUCCAUUGUGAGUUUUAUCUCCUUUGCCUCUGUGACAUAUUUAUUAUUUAAUCAAGGCAGUGUCAAUGGAAAAGCCAGAUUUUAACAUUUUAAAAAAAGAAAGGAAUGAGAAAAGUUGCCCGAUCCCAAUUUCUUUACAAAAAAGUUACAAUUUCUUUGUCAGAAUAUCAAUAAUAUUAGGACAUUUUAACAUUGCUGAUCUCUUUGUUAACUGGAACUGCUGUCAUCUCUUUAUUAGUUUAUUAUUUUUUUAAUGGUCUAGAAAGGGAAAAAUAGUAAAUAUCCAAAUCCAGGAAAAGAAAACACUUUUUUUGAAAGUGUCUGUUAUUUUUCUUUCUUCCUUUUUAAAAUAUAUUUUAUGGUGUUUAUAUUUACAUUAUAUUUCUCCUUUUCAUGCAAGAGGAAUUUGCUUGAAUUUAAAAUAUACAAAAAAUGACUGCAAUUAUUUUAUAAUAAAAAAAAAUGGCUUCAAUGACUUUCGCUAAUGUUUGAUUGUGUCACCAUAUCUCUGUCACGAUAUUGUGAAUGUCUCCCCACAAUGCUGUCAUUGUUGUAUGAAUGUUUCUCCAUAAUUUUUUCAAUGCUAUUUGAAUGUUGCACCCUAAAUCUGUCACUGCUGUGUGAAUGUGUAGCAAUGGUUAUGACACUAUUGUGUGAAUGUGUCACCAUAAUUCUUUCACUGCUGCCUGAAUCAUGUCACUGCUGUGUAAUUUAGGCUGAUAAGAGUACACAUUACUUUCAGUAGAAACUUUGCCAGGUAGUUACUGAUCAAUAACUUGGAUGACUUACACAAAUGAACUGAAACCCCAUACCAUAGUCUACGCCUACUGCCUACCUACUGCUAUUAUGUUCCUUUCUUCUGAGACUCCAUUACAUACACCAAUGCAAGGAUCAAUGAAUAAAGACUUCACUAUUUUCCAGCCAUUGAUUAAACAUUAAUAAUAACUCAGAUCAAGUAGUCUCUCUUUCAGUCUCUCUUCUGCCCCAAGUCUCACCUUGAAAAUACUUUACAAUAUCACAUAAUAUUAGAGACCAGGUCAUAGGUCACAGUGCUGUUAUAAUGAUUUAAAUUUUAUACCUUUAACACUUCAUCUAAAAAAAUUGGUUUAUUUGUAAUUUUGGUUUUGAUUUUUACAUAAGAUCAUAAUAAAUAACUCUCAGUGUAUGCACUGAUAUCUCUGUAAUUUAUACAAGGAAAAGCUGUGGCCUGUGCUGUGGGUCGCAGGGCAUGUAUCCUAUCUUGUCCUAUGGAUAAUUUUAUGUUGGCUUUAUGGUAUACCGAAGGAUAUCUUUGUAGUCUGUUGGCUGUUUAGUUAUAAAAAUUGGUCUUAAUUAGCUCGGAUGUCAGUUGCCAGUUUGGUUGUUCAAAAUGCACACCCUUAUUUUCUGGAAGGUUGAGAAACCAUUGGUCUAAAUUUCUUAAGUUAAAAUUUUUUGUUGUUGCGUUUUGUUCCUCCCACUCCUUGUUGAUAGAGAUCUUGCAGCGCUUCUUCUUACACAGCCAGAGGAGUAGCGAUUGGGUGGGGGGGCAGCGGGGAACAGAUGUCCCCAGGCGCCAGCUAGUUUGGGGCGCCAAAAUGUGCUUUGAUAUUAUUUUAAUUGAUGAAAAUAAUGGAUUUGAGAGUUGAAAAAAAAGAAAAAGAGGCGCUUUAAAAUGUAUCUUGUCCCCGGGCGCCAAACACCCUCGCUACGCGUCUGUACACAGCUGACCAACAGUUGGCUUGAGUGAAGAACCAACUGCAACCCUCCGUAUAGCUUGAAGAUGCUCAUCAGUAAGUUUGUCUCUGAACUUUGACUUGUUAAAGUGCAUAGUGGAAAAGCGCUUUCACGCAGAUAGGUACUCCUAAAAAAAGGCACAUGAUCCGCUUAAACAACCUGGAAAUCUCAGGAAAGGUCGAGGACAAUGCUCUCAUCAAUUGUCCAUGCUUGUCUGUUUUUCCAUUCACCUCCCUGAACUUAGCAUUGCACUGAAGAUCAAUUAGCUCCCAUUUAAAGCGUUUUUUUAAUUUAAAAAAAAAAAGGGGGGGGGGUCCGGCAUCGUCCACAUUAAAUGAAAAAGGGUCAGCAAAAAGUUGCCCUGUGUGUUUUGAAGUCUAAAAACAUGUGAUCAAAUUCUUCCUGUAGCUUUGCAAUGGAAUCAGUAUACUACUACUGAAUGGUGUUCCCGAGUCCAUGAGUACUUUGCAUGUUGGGAAAUGGCAGAGGUUUCUCUAAGUACCAUAACACAAGUUUUGUACAAAAUGCCCUGACAUUGUCAUAGACAACACUGGCAAGCUACCCCUGGUCUUGUAACUUCUUGUUGAGUACAUUCAGCUCCUGUGUAAUGUCAACAAAAAAAACCAAGUCCAUGAGCCAUUUGGGAUCACUAAGUACAGGAACAACUACCCCAUCCUUCUCCAUGAAGGCUUUGAAGGCUGAACGCGUUCAUAAAGUAGUUAGAAGCAGAAAAUAUUUAUGAAUUAUUGAUGCGAAGGAAGAUGCUAUUGUAGGUAGAAUGAAUUUUAAUUUUUUUUUAUAGUAGAAAAAUCCAUUUUGUCCAACCCUUUUGAAAGUGACCAAGCUGACAGGCUCUGAAUUUUCCUCACUCGUACUCACUAGCGGCAAUUUUAAUAGAGAUUCUUUGAUACUGUGUCAGAUUGCUACGAUUGACACUUUUUGCAAUUAUGUUUGUGCAUUACCCACUGACUUUUUAAACUUUUAUCAAAAAACGCACUUUUGGCCACUUUGUCUCAUAACAUGCAAUAAAAUAAAAACGGUUAGUUCGACUUUAAAACGAUUCUUACCUUUAUAAUCAACGUCCAAGUCUAUCCAAACACAAUACAAAUUAGAAUUAGACGAGCAGGUGAGAUUUGAUUGGACCAUCGCGGAGAAUCACGUUAUAGAUAUGAGAAUGGGGAAAACGCGCGGGCCGCAUUAACACUAAACUUUACUGUUAUAUAGCGGGCCGCAAAUGUCGUCUUGCGGGCCACAAAUGGCCCGCGGGCCGCGAGUUUGAUAGAGAGCUUGACAGCAUGGGAAUAUAUUGUGAAAAAAUUGCGAAGAAAGGUAAUUAGAUGGGGAAUGUAGUGUGUAAUCAAGGGGAAUAUAAUGUCGACAUGGGGAAUAGGAAGAGUGUCAGCAUGGGGUAUUGAGUAUUAAUAAGGUGAAGAGAGUGUGUCAGCAUGGGGUAUUGAGUUUUAAUAAGGUGAAGAGGGUGUGUCAGCAUGGGGUAUUGAGUUUUAAUAAGGUGAAGAGGGUGUGUCAGCAUGGGGUAUUGAGUGUUAAAACGGGGAAGAGAGUUUGAAAAGGGGGAGACACUGCGAAAACACCAACUUAAAUUCCCUGGCGUGAAAAGUGGCCCAUACCCGACUUCAUACAGUUGACCAUUGUUGGCUGCUGUAUUGAGAGCCUUAAGAAAGGUCAUUUUUACCAAUGACAUUUGCAAUGCCGCCUACUGUCAAUGUAUAGAAUAUGCUAGAAUCUCACUGAGACAAUGUUAGAGCAUAAAAUUAAAGGAUUCUUUCGCACUGUCACACUGUCAGCGUUACGAAAGUCUGGCCAAUAUGUGUUAGCGAAUGGCCCUUGUAACAAAGAAUGCUAUUGUCUCUUGUAUGAUUUACCAAAAUUUUAAAAAGAAUCUAUGAAAUAAUUGUAUAUAAUAUAUACCAUGUUUUUUUGUUGUUUUUUUUGCUUUUUGUUUUGUUGCUUUUUUAUAUCUUUAUUUUAUAAUAUACGAAUCUAAUUUAUCAUUUCUUUUAGUAGUUACAUUUGUAUUAUAAUAUUUUUAAACUUGUGUAUUAUACUAGACUCCCCCCGCCCCUUUUUUUUUCCAUAAUUUAAUUUAAGUAUAUAUCAUAUGAGAACCAAAUUCUGUGUAGGCUUACUGUUUGAUUAUUUUCCAACCUUUUCCCAUUUCUCUCCUAUGUGUUCAGUGAUUUGAGUGAAGAUGACCACCUCCAUUACAAGGCCCCGCACUGGGUCUGCAAAAUGGGGUCGUCCCCGAUCAUCCUCCCAAGCCCGCGCUGUUCCCCAACAGUCUCUUGACCUUGACCUCACCAUCACCGGAACGCCAACACCAGGACUGAACCCAGACUCUUCAAGAAUCCUCCACUGGCCACCGGGUGAGUGACGGGAUGAGCCCUGCUUUACCCACGUUUAAGCUUACAACACAGGGAUAUAAAUGUGUCUCCUUAUUUAACCCUGAGGAAAUAUCCUUCACCUUACAUUGAGUUCUCAAACUAUGUCAAGGAUCACAUUUAAAACAAGACCAGCAGUCCAAAACUUGUGUUGCUUUACUUUGUGUUAGUUGAGGCCAGGACAUUGGGAUUGGGUUCUUCUCGAAUUAUCUCGGGUGUCAGGCUGAACUGUUGGGUUGCGCUUUCCUGAUAGUUACCCAAAACCCUGUGUUGGCCACUGUUAGUUACCCAAAACCCUGUGUUGGCUACUGUGAGUUACCCAAAACCCUGUAUUGGCUACUGUUAGUUAAUUAAAACCCUGUAAAUUUGUUUGAAAGAAAUUUCGUUGACGGAAAAUUGAUCGAAUUUUAUUUUCAGUUCACACGAUCAAAUUUCCGUUCGACCAAACUUCCGUCGAUCAAUCCGGUAACCAUGGCAUUGUCCUAACCAGAUCUGAUCUUUAUCAUUUGAUCUAUGUGUCCAACAUAGUCGUCUUACAUUAAAGCCUAUCAAAGUUUUCCGACUCACCUUUAAAUAUAUUUCUUUAGCAUGUUGUUUUUGUGAGGAUGUUAUUCCCAUCUAAUUUAUAUGCCCAUUUAUUUACUUAUGCAAACAACUGUAAUCCCUUGUGAUUCAAUGUUUUCUAGAUUUUUCUGGUCAUUAAUUUUUGAUGGAUAUUACUUUUCCGAUGGAAACAACUUCCAUAUUUUCUUAUCGAAUUUUCAUUUGUCAUUUUCGCUAAAGCAGGCUCUACGCCGAAACGUUCAUAUCUUAUUCUCCUGUCUUUUGAUUCAAGCUUCAGCAUACCUUGUUCUACUAUUUCAUUCCCUAACUGUCUUGGGGACAUUCUUUACUGGUGGCACUUUGUCAUGGUGUUACCCUGUUGUUUUAUUUAACCGAUUUAUGUUAUAAAAACCCACUUCAGCGAGCUCGGUCAAAUUUACAAUUUUUCAUUUGGUGUCACCUCCUCUGAGGGGGGGGGGAGAACCACCCGGUGUGUGUUACGCACCCCCAAGUGACGCUGGUGCGUACCUCUCCUAUCUCUUUAACGUUAAUUAAGUUUUAGGUGAUGUUGUUUCUAAUCGAAAAGACAGAAGAGUUCACAAAGUAAGGUGGUUCUUAACCUGGGUUCGAUCGAACCCCAGGGGUUCGGUGAGUCAGUCUCAGGGGUUCGGCGGAGGUAAAAAAAAAAAAAAUCAGAACAAAAAAAUCAUAUUUUAUUUUUCCUAUUAAGAAGGGUUUGGUGAAUGCGCAUGUUAAACUGGUGGGGCUCGGUACCUCCAACAAGGUUAAGAACCACUGGUUUAGAAGGAUCGUCCAUGUCAGAUUAAAAACCAAAACGAAUGAAACAUGAUAAUUGGUUUCAAUUUUUUUAAAUGAAAAGCCCAAAAUGCGUCAUGAAAUAAACAAUAUGUGAAUACUUUUUUUUUAAUGUUAAGAUACAUUUUUACAUUUUUUUUUUCUCAAGUAAAAUGUGAAUAAAUUUCUAUUAAAUCAAAAUGUGAUUUAAAAUAUAAAAAGGGGAGAUAGGAGAAUAUAAAAAAAUUAUCAAGAAAAGAGUUUUGAAAAUGUUUGAAACGAACUUAAUUGUAAGGUCAAAAGUUCUUUAGUUUGGCAGCUCUGUGUGAGUCAACUGGACAGCUGACACUUUGUUGUGUGUUUAUCUUGUUAAGGGUCAAGAUUUUAAACAUCUUUGUGUGAUACCGCUGGAUAAUUGGGAUCGUGGUGACACCUGUCCACAUUGAAUACGCCCCUUCGGGUACAUCACUUGGGCUUGAAACAACUCAAAGGGAAGGUGGCUAGAGUGAAGCGUCGGACUGAUUGGCCUCGAUGGAUAUGAUUAUGAAAAUAAAACAAAGCACUUUUAAUUUUAUUCGUCUCCAAAUCUUCUUUUUUUUUUGUUUCAAGAUCAAGCAAACAACGAAUGUCGUUUAAGAUUUUCUGACAAUGUCCCCGAGACAAUUUCCCGUCAUUUCAGCCACGGGAAUUAGAGGACAAUGAACACGCAAUGUUUCCGCCUUUAAACCCUGACCGUGUGCGUGUUUGUGUGUGUGUGUGUCGUUAAUUUGGACUCAGGUCGUGGGUUAGGCUACUUGCCCAGACUUAGUGACGGUAAGAUCGUCAUCAAUUGAACUUGUCUUGACGGUUCGACUGCAAUUAAUCACGGUUUUGUUCACGUUGGGUUCAACUCCCCACCAGCACGCACGAGUUACACCAUUUUGAAGAAAGCGUUGACCUAGUAGGCAGUCAGGAGCUUGUUCAGACCGGUAUGUUGGUGUCUUUUCAUUUAAUUUUGUGAGUGGAGUUGGGGGGGGCGGACAGGGGAAUGAGGUGGGCGGACAGUGGAAUGUGGUGGGUGGACAGUGGAAUGUGGAGGGCGGACAGUCGAAUGGGGUGGGCGGACAGUGGAAUGGGUGAAUCAUAUUUAAUAUGGGAUAUAACUUAAUUGGAGAAUUUUGACAAAACAGUUAUGUCCCUGCUCUUCUCCCUUCUAACUGCUAAAGACAUUUGAAACUUUACGAAGACCCACUCAGAUUUAAACACAGGAGGUCUAUCAGUCGCUUUACAAAGUAAUUGAUUUCAGUAUCGAUUUAAGCCGAAGCAUUAAGAAUCGUUUAUCAAAUCUCACUCUGUGCGACUAGCAGUGGACCAGCUGUUCGUUUUAUGAUGACUUUGGGGUGAAGUGUUGGUGAGUCGUUGCUGGGAAGUGUUGGUGAGUCGUUGCUGGGAAGUGUUGGUGAGUCGUUGGUGGAUCGUUGCUGGGAAGUGUUGGUGAGUCGUUGCUGGGAAGUGUUGGUGGGUCGUUGCUGAGAAGUGUUGGUGAGUCGUUGCUGGGAAUUCUGGUAAUAUGGUGAUGUGUUGGUGAUGUUAUGGUGAUUUUUUUUUUUGGUGACAGCUUUCUACAUCCAAGGGUGGACUGGAGCGCCCAAGCCAUACAGUGGUGGACCGGAGUAUCCAAAAAUACAGUGGUGGACCGGCGUGUCCAAGCCAUACAGUGGUGGACCGGAAUAUCAAAAAAUACAGUGGUGGACCGGAGUAUCCAAAAAUACAGUGGUGGACCGGAGUAUCCAAAAAUACAGUGGUGGACUGGCGUGUCCAAGCCAUACAGUGGUGGACCGGAGUAUCCAAAAAUACAGUGGUGGACCGGAGUAUCCAAAAAUACAGUGGUGGACCGGAGUAUCCAAAAAUUUAGUGGUGGACCGGAGUAUCCAAAAAUACAGUGGUGGACCGGAGUAUCCAAAAAUACAGUGGUGGACUGGCGUGUCCAAAAAUACAGUGCUGGACUGGCGUGUCCAAGCCAUACAGUGGUGGACUGGAGUAUCCAAAAAUACAGUGGUGGACUGGAGUGUCCAAGCCCAUACAGUAAUGGACUGGAGUGUCCAAGCCAUACAGUGGUGGACUGGAGUUUCCAAGCCAUACAGUGGUGGACUGGAGUAUCCAAAAAUACAGUGGUGGACUGGAGUGUCCAAGCCCAUACAGUAAUGGACUGGAGUGUCCAAGCCAUACAGUGGUGGACUGGAGUGUCCAAGUCCAUAAGUGCCCAAUACCAUGCAGUGGUGGACUGGAGUAUCCAAGCCCAUACAGUAAUGGACUGGAGUGUCCAAGCCAUACAUUGGUGGACUGGAAUGUCCAAGCCAUACAGUGGUGGACUGGAGUGUCCAAGCCCAUACAGUGAUGACUGGAGUGUCCAAGCCCAUACAGUAAUGGGCUGGAGUGUCCAAGCCAUACAGUGGUGGACUGGAGUGUCCAAGCCCAUACAGUGGUGGACUGGAGUGUCCAAGCCCAUAUAGUAAUGUACCGGAGUGUCCAAGCCAUACAGUCGUGGACUGGAGUGUCCAAGCCCAUACAGUGAUGGCAAGUGACACAAAUCAAAAGCAGCCCUAUCUGACUUUUAUUCUCUUUGGUUAGACGCACUGACGUAGGAGGGGUGGGCGGAGAGGGUGGUGUCCAAAGGCCUUGGCCUGCUCCGGUCAGCACUAACCACCAACCCUUUCUACGCCUAUGGGUAGACGACAAAAGUCGGUAAGAUUUUAUGCGCCCUUAACAAGUGAUUUUGUGUGCUUAAUUUAAGAAACUCUAUUCGUGUAAUUAAGAAAUCCAGCUAACAGGGCAUUUUUUAUCUACUGCGUCGUCAGGCUUUUAGAGAAGGUUUUCUUCUUGGGAAGACUUUUUAACGUUGUCCUAUUUCUGCGCCAACCUGUUAUGUCUUCUCCCGGACUUGUGAGGCGCAGCGUCACUGAAAACGACAAACCUUGGUUUGUUUGCCUUUUUAGAUCAUCAAAGUUCUGUGGAUCACGACAGGCGACAUUUGCACAUUGAGGGUCGUGACUUUCUUAUCGCUCGUGCCUACUUUUUUUUUACAAACUUCCCUGCCACGAAAAAACCAUUUAGGGAAUUAGGGAAAACGAAAUUAAAGUUGAUUUUAAUGUUAAUGUGCGUGGGAUUAGAGCUGUCCUUGACAGUGGUUCACAAUUUCUCUUCUUCCGGAUACAUUUCAGUUAACUAUAUCAUAUAUCCAACAUCCCAGCUCAUUUUUUUGCUAAACGAAAGCCUACCAAGUAUAUCUUACCGCGUAUUCGCAUUUAGAUCUCUUAUUAUUUUAUUUUUGGAUCACAUCAUUGAAUGAAACAUAAUCUAAUUCUUAGGAUUCACGCUGUUAGCUUUACGAACCACUUUUUUUUUUUUGGUAAACGAAAAAAAUGUGCUUUUUUUGUGUAUCUCGGGGAAAAAGAAGGGGAUAUAGGAAUGUAAAACUUGAAUGUAAAGAUAGUGUUGUAUUAGUUAUGAUGUUCAGUCCACAGUACAGCCAUAUCUCGUCGAAUUCCAUCCCAGUUAUCAGAUCAUUGCUCUAUCAGAUCAUUGUGACAUGUGCAACAAUACCAGGUGACGUCUGCUGCCCUAGAAUCGGCCUUUCAAAUUACUCCUACUCCAGUUAGCACAUUCUGAAUAUUAAUCCAUUUGCAAUUUUUUUUUUUUAGCUUGAUGUUUGUACAAUGGUGGUAGUGUUGAAAUGUCCUUAUAAGGUCAUGCUAGGCAGUACUUUAUAUGUGCCUUUAACCUACACUAGCACGCUUUUUUUGUUUGUAAACGUCACAAAUUAUAAUUAUUUAGGUGUGUUGGGUUUUACUUUGUGUUCAAUAGGUGCGCAAAAUAUAAUUCCCGGACGACAGCACUAAUUGGGAUUAUUAUUAAGUGUGCAUGUUUGUCCAGUAACUUUAUCAGAUGGCAAGUUCCAUUUCUCGAUAUAAUUCUCGAUAACUACGCUAAAUGAUAUCAUAUGUCUUUAAAAAUAACGCUACUGCGUUUUGCAGAAUAUUUUCUUUUCGGAAAAUGAAAUCGUCUCAAUUUGAAUAUGGCGCAGUAAAGUUUUCAUGGCCAACAUCCAAUUCAUGCUGCCUGGUGAUAUGCUUAAAUUUAUUUUCAUCUUUAAUAGAAUGUUCAUAAUGAUUGGGGAGGGGGGGGAGGGGGUAAAAAAAUACUUUUGUGUAUUUAACAUUAAAAAAAUUGGGAGGAUGGAAUAGAAAUACAUUGUGAAGUCAACGAAAUGAAAAAUUAAUCUAAUUAGGCUGCAAGAGAUGAUGUGUGAACAUCCUCAAAAUCUUGACAGGCAUGUUCUGAUCUAAUUUCUUUGACAGACAUGUUUACCCAAGCUGUACAAGCUUACAUUGAUUGAUCAAUAGCUGGCAAAUAACCCAUCUUGAAAAGAUAGGUUUCUAUUUUUUGUGUGCACAUAUUUAAAGAAUUUUUUAAAAUAGCAUACACUAGGCAAAUGUAAUUAUAAUUUUUGUUAAAUGUCUCCCCAUUACAAAUUAAUGUUAUAUUAUGUAAUCCAGAUGAUUAAAUGUCACUGUGCUUGACAGAAAAUAUCUCAAAAUUUAUUAAAACUGUACUAAAAAUUUCACAAGCCCAAAAUAUGUUUAAAUUUUAAAGUUAAUUUAACUUUCGCAAUAUAAACCAAACAUAGGUGUUGAUUAUAUAGAUGUGUUUAUUAUUGGGGUUUUCAAGGUGUAAUGAAAUUGAGAAAAAAAUUAUAUAAAUCAAAGUAAGGGCAGAUAGCAUUACACAGAAACUUAAAACUGUAAGACCAUUGGAUUUUUUUUAUUCUUUCUCUUUACAUUUGUAAAAAUAUAUCACCACCCCUGACUAUUCCAUAUCAUCACUAACUUCUUUGUUACAACCAGUUUACUCAGUCAGUAUCUUUUAGUUUGUUGCUCUCUUCAAACUUUUAAUCAUAGGCUACAGCUCAUCUUUAACAUGUUCAGAGUCUUCUCUAUGAAUUUAAAGAGCCCAGAAUAAAAGUAAAAUACCUGGAUGUAAAUUAAAUAGAUAAUUCAGUAAUGGGGGUUUUCUUCCUGCAGUUAGUGGAGCAGGUAAAAGAUAAACUGACGACGGGUUUGGAAGGUGUGAGGCAGCUGUUUAAGACCAGGGAUCCUUAUGGGGACUCCAUAGUUACAAGGUAAAGUUCAUUUCGUCAACUUAUGAACUUAAAUGUCAUAACACUGAAAGACGGAAUUUAACACAACUGCCUUGUCUCAAGCAUUUGAUGAUUGUACUGGUAUCAAUAAUCUUUAAAUACACCCUAUUAGCACAUUGUGAGGUUGAAAUCUUUCUAUUUAUGCCUUGUAUUCAUGGGUUUUACAAUGGAGCUGAUUGUUACCCUUUGUAUGAGGCCAGAUUUAAACAAAUUAUUUUCUGACUUAAAAACUUAAAGUUUCAAAUGUUCUAGAGUAAGUGUAAGAGUGUCAGGGUUCAUCAGAGCAGCAAAUGUUACGCUUGAAUUAUUCCUUUUUAUCCAGUCACCAGACACUAUUAAAGACAGUGGGAAAUGUUUAACUGUAGACAGCCUUUGAAUUGUAUGAUUUUUAAUAACAGGCUAUGAACUAUUUAUUAUAGACAGAAAACUAGCCUCUUUGUGUGACAUUCAAUCAUCUUCUUUUUUUAUCUAUUUUACCCACAGAGAAGGUCUGUUCCUAAUCAUAAAAACGCUUGUAGGUCAUGUGACUAGGGAUCAGUUUGACUCAUUUCUUAAAACGUAAGUAACGAAUAACUAAAGAGAAUUAUACAUCAUUUCUUAAGCAACUUGUUAAUGUUUUUUGGCAAAAUUUGUUUAUUUGUUAAGUGAACCUUUAUCUGGCUUAACUAUCCACAGAAUUAACCUUCAUUGGAGAUCAUGCAUCAGCUUUGAUGAAUUUAUAGUGCGGUUCCAGGAUAACCCCGUAAGUCUGUAGUAUUGUGUCAGCAUUUUUUAAAAACAUUUUUUUAAUUUAAAAAAAUAUGGGGAGGGGGGAGAAAGAAAGUAAGAGUAGACCGAUAUUAGUUCGUAAUUGUUUUAUAACUCUUUUUCUUGCUAAUAUUCUUUUGAACAGGUUGUUGCCAUGCACCAAGUGGCAGAACUUGCUCGCAGACAACAAAAGCAACAUAAUCUAGAAGAAAACUUGAAAAACCAGGACUUGUUUGAGUGGUAUCCUUUUACAACUGCACCUCAUGCAUUUGUUAUAUUUCGUAAAAGGCUCCAGAAAGGGUUAGUUACAUUUCUUUAUAACACUAGCAGAAUUGAUAAUACUUAGGUUUUGUAACCAGGUAUUUUUAUCAACCAAAGCUAAUGUAGUAAAUAGUUUAGUAGUGAAAAAUAAUGUCUCAAGUUAACUGUGCAGCAACAUUUGCAUCUCAGUGAAAUGCAACAAUGUUGACCUUCAAACUUACUAAAAAAGUCAGAUCUAAAAAUCAGAUUAAAAAUAAAGGACUGUCUUCAAGCUGUGUGAAGAAAAUAGUAGAACAAGGUAUGUGGAAGCUUGAAUAGAAAGGCAGGACCAUAAAAGAAGAAUGUUUCAGCUACAAACUUCCCUUAGCUGACAGGACUAUUGAAAAAACAACAACAAAUAGAAACUAGUUUUAAAGAAAACAUAGAUGUUCACCAUUGUUAUUGUUGGAAGUUUUCUUGUCUUGUUUUGUCUUUCUAUUCAAGCUUGAACAUACCUUGUUCUACUAUUUCUAAAAUCAGAGUCAUAUAAAAUAGUGUGAUAUCUGAUGACACAUAGUUUGGAUAACCACUCAAAUUAAAAGUUGGCAAUGCCUGUCUCUGCUCUAAUUUUAUUUUUAAAAGUUCACUGAGAUGAUUAGUAUAUGCAGAGAUGUUUUUGUUUUUUUUCUUUCCAGGGAAGUAAAUGUUCGUGAUAUCCUCCCAGAGUCCUGCUUUCUUAAUGACGGAAGGGUCAUAAUGCCGCAACUCAGAGAAGCUUUGGCUGUUGUUGGGCUCAGACUUACAGAUCAAGAGUUCCAACACAUUUGGAAUAAGUAGGUCACAGAUUGUAACUGUGUCAAGUCUAAUCAAUAAUUCAUAUCAAUACUAUAAAUGGUCUAUUUGAGAUAAUAAUAUAUUAUUACUGUACCUGGUGUAUGUAAUAUGUAUCAAUACUGCGUCUGGUCAAAGUAAGAUUUACUUUAUCUGGUGUAUGUAAGAUAUAUUAUAUUUGUAUCUGUUCAUUCACUAAAAUAAACUCAACAAAUCAUCUUGUCAAAUAUUUUUAUUUCCCAUUAGAUUUGAUCCAGACAACAAUGGCUCUGUUCCCAUCAAGAAAUUUUACAAAACUCUCAACCUAAGCCAAAAUGGUUUCCCUCUAUCAGAUCCUAGAGCCAUCAAAAGUGCUGGGUCACCAAGGCGGUCAGACAAAGGGAAAGAAUCUACACAAAGGCGUUGCAAAACUCAGGUAUAUUUGUUAAAACUGAAAAUUGUGAGUUAUUACAAGAAAGAGAUAUGCCAAAUUUCAUUUCAAAGUCUGGAUCAGUUUGAUUGGCUGCACUGAAGCUUAAGUAUGUUUUGGUACAGGAAUUUAUUAUUGUGAAGACCUAUCAAACACAAGAAUCAAUGUGUUACUUGAUUCACUAAUUUAACCUGUCUUGGAAAUUGAAAACAAAGUUUUUUUCAAAUUUAAAGCACUUAUCUUCAUUUAAAUAUACACUUUUGUGUUGAUGUAAUAUAAAUAACUGUCUUAAUCUAACUAAUCUAAAUUCAUGUAUGUUUUGAAACAGUUGCAGAUGUCAACCACAAACAGGCAAAAUGCAUCAGUUUCCAUGUCCAAAGUAGACACGGUAGUGAUCAAUGGAAAUCGAGCAGAAAUUCUUGGAGAUGGGCAUGAAAACAAAUGUGGUAAAACCUCUGAUAAACAAAAGGUUACAACAGAAGUGACCACGACCACUGAGGAAACAGAGACCACAACAACAAAACGCACAACGAGAACUACAACGGAGAAGAGGGAAGAACAGUUGAUUGAUGACACCAAGUUAUCGUCUCAUGUUCGUUCCUUGAUACAGGCUAAAAAAUCUCCACCUCAGUUUCAUGAUGUCAUAGAUCAUUUGCAUUUUAAGGUAAGAAAUUGGAUGGUUAAUUUUUUUUAUUUCAGAAUGUCUUGGUUUAAUGAAUGAAAGCACAUGAUUUGAUUUAUAAGUUUGAUGUUUUAUACAGUUAUUCAAGAUGAAAUAUGUUUUCUGAAACUGUAGAAUUCCUGACAUAUUUUAUAGUUUUAAAAAUAAUUCUGUACAUGUUUAAUUCUAAUAUUUUAUAUGCAACUUAUGUUUUUGAUGACUUAUAAAUUUAUAUUAGUCAUGACAUAUAUGUUUAUAACAGUUUAACCUGCUGCUGAUGUAAGCUUGGCUGAUUUACCCUUUCUGAUGAAACAAGCUUGAUUUACCCUGAUUCCUCAUUACUUCCCUUUAAAUAAUUUUUAUAUAACUCUCUUUAUUUCAUGCCUGAAUGAUUUCUCUUCCUUUUGCCUCUUUUCCUUCCUCAUCUGCCAGGCCAGUGAUGCCUCUCAAAUACAGGUGACUGUUAAUAACCAUUUACCAUAUCGUAAAAUAUAUUUUUUAUAUGUGCAUUUUUUUUUUACAUUUCUUUUGAUUAAUCAUGACAAAGUGCUAUUAAUAGAAAAAUUUAAGGUAUUUUUUCAAGUUGCAUACAUUUUUAAAAAAAAUACAUCUUGGAUAGACAUGUGUUAUGAAUAUGAUUAUUGCAUCAUCAUGCAGAAUAAUCACUGUAUAAAUAAGCAGUAUAAAUGGGUAAAGAUACAAUAGUAUUUUCCACUGAAAUUUUUAUAUCACUUUGUAUUUUUUGGUUGACAUGGGUCUAUAUGGGUAACAUUAAUAAUAGAUCAAAUGAAUUGUAUUGAAAAAAUUCACAUUUAAUCUGCAGCAAAGCAUAAUAAUAGAUUAGGGUCAUUUUUUUUUUUACACCUUUUAAGAUUUUUUUUCCAACAUGCUUUUAAAAGUAGAUCAAUUUAUUUGUCAUGAUUAUCUCAAGAUAUUUUACACAACAUAAUGCCCCUUGAGUGCUACAAGUUAACAUUUUUUUAAAAUUAACGAAUUAAUAAUUUCCUUCCAAUAUUUUAUUUAGCUCUCCAAUGAUAGUCUUCCUUGAAAUCUGCAUAAAUCUUCAAAACUAAAAGAGCAAAUUUAUUGCAAUUUUCGGCAUUACAUUUACAGUUUGAAUAAAGUUAAAGACAUUGAAAAUAAAUGUUGCACUCAAGAACUAUUCGUGAAUUUAACUUUAUCACCGUCACCACAAUGAAAAAAUAAUGUGUAGCAGUGCUCUUACAAGCAUUUACAUAAAUUCUACAUGAGUAAGACUCAAUUUAUAUUUGUAUAAAAUAAAAAGAAGAAAAAAAGAUGCAAUCACUUUAUUUUAAUUACUCUUUUUUUUUUUUUAAUUGUCUUUUAUUUUUAUGUUCAGAUAUUUUUAGCAGGUAGAGAUGACAGGUUAUAUUGGUGGAUUGAUAACUCAUUAUCAUUUUGUAUAGUUUCCCUUAUUUAUUGAUAAAUAAAGUAUUUGUAAUUUGCCUUCACAUAGAAUAUAAUACAUUUCGAUCCCUCUAACAAAAAAACUUUUAAAAUCAUCUUUUAAAGAGCUAUCAAAUAAUAAUAUGUGUAAGGAUUACAAAGUGUUACCUCACAUAUCACCUAGUUUUAGAACAAUAUAUUCCAGAAGAAGCUUUAAAAAAGUAUUUGCAAGUUGUUGAUAGGCUGAGUAAUGUUUUUUUACAAAAAUGAAAUCUUGGUUUCAAUUUUGAAACAUCUCACAUGAAUUGUUUUUUAUUUUUUUAUAGAUGCCCUCGACAUUUAAAAAAAAAAAAAAAUUAUUUGAUAUAUUUUAAUAAAUAUGGAGGACUGCAAAUUACAUGGAAAUUAGUAUUUUUCUUAAAUAAAAAGAAGACAUGUUUUGUCCUUCAUUAGGUUUUCUUCAACAUAUUUUAUUGCAUCAAAAAAUCACAAAAGCUCUUAUAAAACAAAACAAAGAGCAUUUCAGAGUACUUUGCUUCACUGAUGGAACACUGAUUUUAUUUCUUUUUUGAGUCAUUAGAUACUAAAAGUCCUUGUUUUACUGCACGUUUGUUGAUUGUGUUUUCCAAAAAAAUCUCUUUCACUAUUUCCAUAUAAAUUAAGUGCACUUUCUAUUGAAGAUUUAAACAUUUUUUAAAAUGUAUGAAAUUUUUCUAGUUUUAAAAUGAACUUUCUUUCUUUAUUUGGAACUUAUUAAUACUGAUUACUUCAAGAAACAAAAUUAGGUUUGGACCUGGUGAUAGAAAAAAAUCAGAACCUACAAUUUUAAACAAUGUUUGGAUUAAUGUUAUUAGCUUGUUAACAAUGUUAAACAUUAAAAUGGUAUUUCAUAAUUUGCUUUGGGUGUCUCUUUUUCAAAAAAAUUUAGAAUUUCUAUUAAAAAUGUUCUAGAAAUGUUUGACAAAUACUUCAUGAUUAAAAAAUAUAAUAAGAUAUGAGGUUGUUGUAUGCAGGUAUUUUUAAAAUAAACUUGAUAUUAAAAGAAACAUUUCAUUGCAUUGUCAAAUAGAUUAUAUACAUUUCUAUAUAUUCUCUUUUUCCUUUCACUUUAAAAAAUCAUUGUUUUCUUUCUUUUUAAAAGUUGUAGAUAUUAUUUGCCAAGUAAGUUUUGAUAAGCGUUGAAAGUUUCAAAAGAAUAACGUUUUUAUUUUUUCUAGUUUGAAGAGACUUUCCGCAACCUCCAUUCAGCUUUUAGAUUAUUCGACUUUAUGAAUGAUGGCUACAUAGCCAGAAUUGAUUUUAGGAGAGUUCUUAAAGAAUUCGGCUUUGAAAUUGCUGCCAUUGACCUUGAUGCAUUUUUGGCCAGGGCAGGGAUCAGUGUAGUUCAAGGUUAGUUAAUAUUGAGGAUGGUUUAAAUUCUCAGUUAUUUCAGAAUUCAUAACAGAAGACCUGAUUUUCAUUAAAAGGGAUUAUAUUAUUUGAAUCAUUUCCACUGCUAUAAAAGUUCAACAUUUUUCUAUUUUUCUUUUUUUCUUUUCAGUGAUAAAUAAAUAAUUGUUUUAAAAAUAAAACACAGAAAAAGAAGAAGUGUAUUUUGGUUUUUUGUAACAGUAAACACCUUUUAUUUUUAAAAGUUCUUUUAGAUUAAAAAAAAUAACAGAAAUAGAAGUGUAGCUUACUAAAUAACUAUGGUGGACACACAUUGUCCUUAGCAAUAAAAUUCAUCUACUAUCAGAAUGUUAAGGGGUUCAAUUAAUUUUAUUUAUAUUUUGUUCCUCAAAAUAAGUUAUAUUUAUAUCGAAUAAUAAACUGUCUUUCAUUUUACCUAUCAGGCUUAAUUAAUUACAAGCAGUUUCUGAACAAGUUCCAAUCAAGAGGUGAUUCUAGCAUACUGACAAAAGUUAUGCUGAGAGAUGGAGAAAGGUAACUUAUUACAAAUUAAACAUAAUAGAUCUGCCAUUUUACUUAACUAAAUAUCAAUAUUGAAGAAAAAAAAAUAAAUAAGAUUACCAGUCCCGGUAAAAGGACACUUUGGACAUGGGUACCGUACACAAAAUCAGCAAGAUAUUGAUCUAGUUUAUUAUGAAGUAUAAACAAACAAGAAGGCCCUUAAAAAAAAUAAGCAUACAAAGUAUGAGCUUAGUUAGGUUAACUCAACAUUUUGGUGUGAGUAAUUUUGGAUAGGGAUAAAAACAUAAACUUUGUAUUUAAUAGUGCAUUAUGAGUCAAUUAUAAAUUGUGAUCAAUUUGUCCACGUCUUUAGUGUAUGACUAAAUAAUAACAUCAAUAAGUCUUACUAAAUAAAUUACAAAUAAAAAUAAGCCAUAUAGCAUCAAUAAGUCUGACAAAACAAAUUCAAAAUUGACAAAAAGAAUUAUUUUGUUGAAAUGGUAUUUUGUUUAUAGCUUACACAAAAGUUUCAGACGUUUCGAGACAGAGGAGAUUUUAAGAGCUGAAGAGAUGGAGAAAGACGUGUCCAACUAUUUCCAUGCUGAUUAUCUAUUAUUUUGUUGAAAUGGUAUUUUGUUUAUAGCUUACACAAAAGUUUCAGACGUUUCGAGACAGAGGAGAUUUUAAGAGCUGAAGAGAUGGAGAAAGACGUGUCCAACUAUUUCCAUGCUGAUUAUCUCAAGUUACUUGGGCUUCUGAAGUAAGGGUUAAGUUAACCUAGCUUUCAUACUAGAAUGGGGUAAUAUUGAAAUAAAGAGACUGACCGAAUUUCGGUUUCGGCACCGAAAGUGGCCAUUUUAUCACUUUUGGCCUAGUUUCGGUUUCGACCAAAACUGAAAAGUUAACUUUCGGCUUAAUUUUGGUUUUGACCAAAAGAGAAAAGUUAACUUUCUGUUUAUUUUCGGUUUUGGCCGAAAUUGAUUUUAACUUUUGACCAUCCGGCGGAAAGUUACUGAGGUUUUCGGUCAUUACCAGAAGUCAGACGGUCUGUCUGUUUUGUUUCAAAAAUAAAAUUUGGAACCCUAGGUUUAUUCAAUUCCUUCAUUUUUGGUAUUCAUUUUGAUUUAUCAUUAUCAUGCUCAUCAAUGUUGUCAUAGGCAAAGGUGAAUAAUAUUGCAUAAUCAUUGGAAUGGUAAAAUUUCCAAAUUUAUUUUUAAAAAAAAUUAUUUUUUUUAAUGUUAAAAAGCAAACUUAGGCCUUUUCAAACCAUUCAUUUCUUGAAAUUCAUCAUUAUCAUGCCCAUAAACAUUGUUAUGGACGAAAUAACACAAGUGUGCAUGUAUCACGGGUUCGUAUUAUAAUUAUGGAGUAGGGCUACUGCAGACCUGUGUACUUUUUGUGAUAUAGGCGACCAAUUUAGGUGUCUUUUGCAACUCUACGUCGAGGCCCAUGAUCAGAACAACAAUUUUAAGAAACCCGUUUUUAAAAAAUGUAUUUCACCACCAAUGGGGGUGAGGGAGGUUGGUCUCCGAACAAAAUAAUUACGUCACCAGCACGGAAAGACUAGUGUGUUGUUACUAGGUUAAAUAUUAAUACAGUGAUAUAUUGCAAGCUAUUAAUGAAAACACAAAGCAUUAGUAUUACGAAAACAGCAAAACAUUGUGGUGAUAUUUUUAUAGCCUUAGUAACAUAUAUUUAGGUGGCAAUUGGCUCUAUUAGAGCCACAAUAAUUAUUGUAGGUAUAUGUUCUAGGUUGUAAUUAUAUUAUAAAAGCAAAGUGCACUCAAGAGUCUAUUUUGCAUUAAUUUUAUUUUAGACAAAGAAUCGGUAUAUUAUAAAAAUAAAAUGCGUUACAGGUUGGUUCAGACACACCCUACAGAUAUUGUUGGUCAAAGGUUUCUCAUACCCCCCCCCCCCACCUUAUUUUUUUGCCAAAUUUUCUCCUACCUUUCUAAUUUUAAAAAAUUGUAAAUCAAUUUAAAUUAUUUUUAAAUUAAAAUGGUAAAAUCCAAAGUAUUCAUUAGAUCAAGGGUCUCAAACUCCAAUCAUCAGGGGAGCCCUGGAGGUAGAGUCUGAGUGAGACUGGGCCGCAUCAAAUAUUCCACAAAAAAGCGAUGACAAAUUCAUUGAAGUACAACUGUUACAAUCUGCUUAACCUUUAUAAAUAACAAAUAAAAACAUUAAGGGAUCUCAAGAACUAGGAUUCACUUUCUUCCACCUACUCACUGUUGCCAGAGACCUGGCAGCGCUUCUUUUUACACAGCUGAGCAACUUUGGCUAGGGUGAGGAACAAACAGAGAGCCUCAGUAGGGUAUAGCUUGAAGAUGCUCAUCAGUAAGUUUGGCCCUGAACUUUGACUUGUUAAAGUGCAUAGUGGAAAAGAGCUUUUCACACAGAUAGGUACUCCCAAAAAGUCAUAUGAUCCACUUGAACAACCUAAAAAUUUCAGGGUAGGUGGAGGGCAAUGCAAUAAAAUUUCCAUGCUUGUCUGUUUUUCCAUUCAGCUCCCCGCUCGGGGCAUCUUGCACAUUAAAGGACAAAGAGUCAGCAAAAAGCUGAAAAGUGACUGUCUGUGUUUUGAAGUCUAAAAAAUAUGAUUAAAUUCUUUCUGUAGCUUUGCAAUGGCAUCAGUAUACUUACUACUAAGUUACUAAUAAAUGGUGUACCUGAGUCCAUGAGUACUUUGCAUGUUGGGAAAUGGAAGAGGUUUCUCUAAGAACCAUAACACAAGUUUUGUGCAGAAUGCCCUGACAUUGUCACAGGCAACACUGUCAAGCUACCCCUGGUCUUGUAACUUCUUGUUGAGUACAUUCAGCUCCUGUGUAAUGUCAACAAAAAAAACCAAGUCCAUGAGCCAUUUGGGAUCACUUAGUACAGGAAAAACCACCCCAUCCUUCUCCAUGAAGGCUUUAAAAGCUAAAACGUGUCAAGCUGUAGGCAGGAGCAGGCCAUAUUUAUGAAUUAUUGAUGCGAAUGAAGCAACUGAAGUAGGUAGAAUGAAUUUUAACUUUUUAUUGUAGUAAAGGCCUUUUUGACUAACCCUAUUUUAAAAGACAGUCCUACUAUAUGGAGCAGAAACUUGGAAAACAACAGCCAGCAUUACACAGAAAGUACAGACCUUCAUAAACACAUGCCUUAGAAAGAUCCUGAAUAUCAAAUGGCCAAAUAUUAUCACCAACAAAGAUAUACUAGAAAGGACUCACCAGGUGCCCAUCAAGGAAGACAUCUUAAAGAAAAGCUGGAGAUGGAUAGGACAUACUCUCCGAAAACCCCUGAGAUAGCAUCACCAGACAAAUCCAAACAUGGAAUCGACAGGGAAAAAGAAAAAGAGGAAGGCCAAAGAAUACAUGGAGACGCAAGCUAGAGGCAGACACGCAAAAUAUGGGAUUCACCUGGAAACAACUGGAAAGGAAAGCACAGGACCAUGAUGAAUGGAGAAUUCUUGUGGAUGGACUUUGCCCCAGACUGGGUAAAAUGGCAUAAGAAGAUGAUGAUUUUGAAAGUGACCAAGCUGACAGGCUCGGAAUUUCCCUCACUCAUAAAUACUAGCGGAAAUUUUGAUAUGGAUCCUUUGAUAAUGUAUCAGAUUGCUAGAAUUUACAUAAUUUUGGUUGUGCAUUACCCACCAACUUACUUUUAAAACCUUUUCUCAAAGCCGCACUCUUUGCCAUGUUUGUCUCAUAAAAAGCUAUAAAAUAAAAACUUUUCCAAUUUUAAAACGGCUCUUACCAUUAUAAUCAUCAUACAAAAAUAUAUAGAAUCAGAAUUAGACUAGUCAGUGAGAUUCGACUGAAACCGUCGCGGAGAGUCACGUUACAGAUAUGAGAAUGGGGAAAACGCGCCGCGCAUUAACACUAAACUUUGCUGUCAUGUAGCGGGCAGCAAAAUAUUGCCUUGCGGGUCACAAAUGGCUCGCGGGCCGCGAGUUUGAGACCCCUAUAUUAGAUCUUUAUUUCAUCCGAAAGUCAUUUUUAAACUUUCAGCCUAUUUUCGGUUUUGUCCGAAAUCAGAAAAUCGCUUUCGGUCGGUCUCUAUUGUAAUAUGUAAUAAAAAAUAGAUGAUAAAAGUAAAGCGAUUAGAAUCAAAUGAGUAAUGUCAUUGAAACUAGAUCUCUUUUUCCUUUAACUAUGAUUUGUAUGCUUUUUUUUAAGUGAAAGGGGAAAUGAUCCCUGUUUAAUUGCAUCAAAUUAUUAUAAAUUAAACCUCAAUCACUGCCUGAAAUCUUUGCAAAAUUUUGUUGACAGAGAAUCACUCUUAACCAUGUUUAUGAAAGCAAUCUCUUUGUUAUAGCUUGAGUAAACAAAAGUAUUCAUAGAAAAAUAUUAAAUAAUUAGCUUUUUAAAAAAAUGUAUAGGGCCUAUAAAUAUAUCUUUGGGGGUGAAUACAUUUUAAUUUCAGUUAUCUUAUUUUCUUAACCCAUGAUAUUUAACAGUUAGUUUAAAAAUACUUUUUGGCUCUAAACCUUAUAUGUGCCUAAUAGGCAGAAAGAUAAAAACAACACAGGUGUAGUGAAUGCACAAGAACUUCGUAGCGCUGUCAAUUCAGUUCUGAAGAUAAAAAUGUCAGACCUGCAGUUUGAUGAAUUAAUUCAGCGACUAAGUGAGAAGUCCAGCAAUGGUAGCCCUCAGAUUAACUACCGUACAUUUCUUGACAUUUUCAACUCAGAGUAAGUAGAUACAUUUGAUUAUGAAAUUGUUUUAUUUAAUUCUUUGACUCAUGCCAAACAAUCUUUUUUUUUUUUAAAUUAAGAAAUUAAUCCUAAAUAGUAUAGUUUUAGCUCUCCCUUUCAAACUGGCUAAUUUACAUAUGGAGAACAAAAUUAUUAUUCAUUCCCUCUUGUCAGUUGAAGAUAAAAACAAACCUGAAUUAUAUUUCAUAGUAGAUUUGUGUUUUGACAGCAUGACAUGUUUUAAACAUAAGCCUGUUUGAAAUAAAACAUAUCACUUUUCAGGCCAGGACAUUGGAAUCGAAACAAAGAUGGUCACUUUAUCACUCAGAAAUAUCAACUAGGGGAUAUGACACCUGCUACUCCAGUUCUCCGUCUACAAGAGAAAGCAAAGACCUGGAUGGCGCCUUCUGCUGAGAAGAAUUUAGCGUCCAACAGUCGAGUAACAGAGGUUUGAAAAAAAAAAGUUUACCUGAUUGCUAUGCACACCUCAAAUGAACACUUGAUUUUAUUUAGUAACAACGCAUUAAAAUUGUCAGGUUUUUUUUUCAGUUUAGCUAGUAAAUUGGUUUUCGAUCAUUAGUAAUGAAAAAAAAUUUUUUUUCAGAUAAAGAAAGAACUUACAAAGCUUUUCACUAACAGGUUCCAUGUGUUUGAUAAGGUAGAUACUUCUAAAUGUAACUCAAAGAUUAAUUUGACUUCAUACUUGCACUGAUUAUAGAAUAACAAAUCAAAGAAUUAUUGCAUUUAAGAAAACAAUAUUAAAACUGCUGCCUGUAUUUUCAUUUUAAGAUGAAUCGUGUAAACAAAAGUUUUAUUCCCAAAAUAUGUUGGUGGUAUCUCAAAACAAAAUUAAUUUUAAUAUUAAGUGAUUUGUCAGAAAUUAAACUUUUUUUAGAUAGGCAGAACUUUUGUUCCUCAAAAUUAUUCAUUUCUUAUAUUUUCCAAAGAAUUUUCAAGACAUGGAUAGGAAAAGGUGUGGCUACAUGAGCAAAUGGCAGUUUGGUGCCCUAAUUAAACUGUAAGUUUAGAUUGAGUGAACAAACUAAUUAUUUUGAAUGGAAGAGUAAAGAUGACAAAAAAGGUAGCACAUUGCUACUAACCGAUUCUUCCCAAAGGUUUGAUGGCUUCGUUCUGUCUAGGGGUUAAUUAUAUUCACUUCACAAACCAUUGAUUACUAAGGUUAAAAUACAGUAUCUUUAUUAACUAAAUCUCAACUGCCAUUAUUCCAAGAAAAACACUACACACCAAUACUAGGUCAUUUCCCUUUGGUGCAAUAGUCACAAAAUAUCAAACAUUUAAUUACAACAUCUACCCAAAUACUCUCCAAACAACAAGCAAUCACAAUAUACAUUCAAGUCCUUAAUAUACAUGAUAAGCUGAAAUACAUUUACAAAAGAAUUUAUUUUAAGUUACCUGUGAAUCUUGUCUGAUUUAUCUUAGUUGUGGCAUCACUUUGAGUGUUAGUGACUUGGAUUAUCUAUGGGCCACUUUGGAGACAGCAGCAGACAAUACCUUGAACUAUGCAACCUUAGUGAAAACAUUUACCAGUGGUCACCAAAAACAAGAGACAGCAGGUGAGAAAAAAUUGUUUUUAUAUAAAACUUUGUAGCACUCCAUUUCUUGAGGGGGUUAUAUUAUCUCUCCUUAGACAUUCCUUUCCACCAUUUCAAUUCUAUUGAAUGGAGAUAUAUAUUUAUAAUAAUUGUAUAUUAUUUUAUUAUAUUUAUUUAAAAUAUUUUUUUAAAAUUUACCUAAUGAGUAACCUAAUAUUUAGAGUGACAUUUUUUCUCCAUGCAGGCUUCCUAGUUCUCUAAUGGUUAUGUAAGAAUUGCUUUCAUAUGAAACUUAUUAAUAUUGAAAUGACUGUUUAUUUUCCACCACAGAAAAACAAUGUCCCUCAAGAUUGUCCCAGAAGGCAACAGUUGGAACAUCAGACAGACAGAAGACAGUUCCUACGAUCACAACAGUGCCACAGCCACAGGUUGUUACUGGCAGUGCCAAAGAGAGGAGGUUAACAGAACUCAUUAAAAAAGUUAAAGAAGAUGUGAGUGUACAAUAAAUUGUCAAGAAAAAUAUUUUCAAGUACCAAAGAAAAUUAAGCUAAUAAUUAAAUAUGUCCUAAAUUUGAAUAUUUAUGGAUAAAUACAUUUGAAUCCUGAAUAGAUUGAAAAAUUAUUUUGCAUUUCAUAAAAAUUCUUUAAUAACUGUAGUUAGAUAUGAUUUGACAUCAAAAUUAUAUAAAUUUAUUGAAAUGUGUGCCAUUUGAUGUAAGAUUUACUUUUCCUGCAUGGCUUCUUUUAUCAUUUUCAUUGGUUUUAAUUUAAUGAUUUUUAACUUUAUUUUGAAGGUGAUGGCCCGUUGGGAUGUACUAUAUUCCAUCUUUCUUAGCCUUGAUCGUGAUGGCUAUUCAUCCAUAGCAGUUGAUGAUAUGAAAGUAAGACUUUUGUUUCCAACUUAUGCUUUUUUUCACAAUACUUAUAAAAUAUUAUAAAGCAUUUUGAGUACAUCAGUAAUUUAGUGAAUACAAUAUUGUAAAGCAUUUUGAGUACAUCAGUAAGUUAGUGAAUACAAUAUUGUAAAGCAUUUUGAGUACAUCAGUAAGUUAGUGAAUACAAUACUGUAAAGCAUUUUGAGUACAUCAGUAAGUUAGUGAGCUCAAAGAAUGUAAAAACCUAAUUAAUUCUUUUUCAGGAUGUCGCCUACAAAAUGAAGUUCUCACUGACAUCUUCAGAAAGGGAUGAGCUGUGCAACUAUUUCGAUAUCUAUGGUAAUGGCUGGUUCCAUUAUCUUUCCUUCCUUCAUGCAGUGAAGAAACUGUCGCAGAGUCCUGAAGUCAGCCCUUGUGUUUUUAACAUACACACAAAACGUCUUCAUCAGAAGGUAAACAUAAUGAUUUCUUGAAAUUAUUUUUUAAGGGAUCAUAUUUUAAGCACCGGACAUUUUAAGGAUAGCUGGCUUGCACUAAGAAUCAUGUGGUUGCCUAAACUUUCUAUUUCUUUGAAUAUCUGCACUACUCCAGUUUAUAAAUUAUUUGACCUUUGAGGUUUUUCAUUAUGUGCAACCAUGGCGAUUUCUUUCAUCUUGACUAUUACACUAUCAAUUUCCUCUCAUCAGCACUUGCUUUUUUAAUUCGUUUAAUUUCCUUGUGAUUUUCAUUUUUUAAUGAUUUUUUUUUCAAAAUGUAUUUACUCACCUUUAAAAUUUUUCCCUAAGAAAGAAAAAUGGUUUUAAGUCUUUGUAUUUUUCUAGCCUUUUUAAAAAUAUCAAACGUAGAUAUAAUUUAUGUAAUUGAGACAGAAUCCAUUUCCAUCAAUUUUACUAUAUUUAUCCACCAAUUUAAAGUAAAUUUAUUGUAAUUUAUUAAUUAUAAUUAGGCUGGUCCCACUUCCAUGGCACUCACAGUACAUGACUUUUUAUGUGAGCUUAAAGGAUUGGUACGUAUUGUAUUUCAGAUCAUGUUCAAAAUUAUAAAUAAUUAAUUAUAUAGGUACGGUAUCAGUAACUUGUUAACUUGCUGACUUUUGAAGAAUGAUAUAAUAUCUUUACUAAAGGGGAUUUAUUCAAAUUUUCAAUUACCAGCUUUGAAUUUUUAGAAUAAGUAUUGUUUUAAUAUUUAAUGUUUUUUUAUAUACCAUUCAUAAGUACAAUCAACAAAUUUUAAUAAAAUAUUUAUAUAAUUUACUCAAAAUUUUUUUCUCGAUCAGCUGCUAAAAAAAUUCAAAACAUUACGUGGAUCAUUCAAAUUCUUUGAUCACAAUCACAAUGGAUUCAUCGAAGAGACAGAGCUAAGAAAGUCAUUGACAAUGCUUGGAUAUGCCUUAUCCCAUCAGGAUUUCCUAGACAUUCUUCAAAUAUUCGACAGAAGCCAAGGCCAGCGUUUGUCAUUUGAAGAUUUCAAAACCACAUUGUUAACAAUCUAAGUUUGUUGAUGUUAUAAUUUUCUUUAAGGUGUAAAAUGCCUGUUAAAUACCUAAAUAUUUCUCUUAUCAUCUUAAUAGCAAUAUUAAAAAUGUGAGGUUUUUUGUUCAGAAACAAAUAAAAUUUAGAACUUUAAUAUGAAAUCUUUGUAGAGCUCAGAGAGAAUGGGAAAAUAGCUACAAGUGUUUUUUUUCAUAAAAGUUACAAACAAUGUGUUUAAAUAAAACAGUAUAGAUAAGCUUUAAUUAAAAGACAAAAUAAAAGUAUAACAUUUGGCUAAUGCCAGUCACUGCUAAAAAUUUCGGUCUUAUUACUAGCAUUAAAUUAGGUGUAUUCCACUGUAAUUUACAGUCCAACUCCCUUAUCAAUUGCAAACUCAAGCAAUAUAUGUUGUUAUAAACUAAAUGCUCCAAUUAAGCCAAGGCUUUGGAGUUGAUGUAGAAUUAAAUCCUAGCCUAACCUAUUGUAUUUUUUAAUGUUUAUUAUUGUAAAGAUAUAUUUAUCCUCAGAUAUUGAGAAAAAGAAGAAAAAUUGUGUAUUGUAUUAAUUAAUUUUUUUAUAGUAAAAUAGAUAAACAUUUUAAACCUAUUUAAUUAUAAUGUAUCUUAUAGUUACUUUUAAAAACCUUUUAUUAGUUGUAAUCAUAUUCUUUGUACACAUAAAUUUAUUGGUAACUGCCUUACUCUCAGUAUGUAUUGUUGAGUAAAAAUGUGUGUACCUGUAAUUUUCUUGGUCCACUUGCAGUACUUGGUAUGUGUGUAAGAAACUAGUCUUUUUGCAGUGAAAUAGUCUCCUACUGACCUGCAACACUGCUCUUACUAUAAAUAUUACUUUGAUUUUAUUGUUUUUGUUUCAUCUCUGGAUGUUGAUACACAUGCAUGUUACAACGUUGUUGUCAGAAGGUGGCUGUGAUAUCAAAUUGUUUUAUUGUAAUUUAUAAUUGAAUUGUGUAAAUCUAUUCAUUCUCCCUCAACUAAUUAUACAAAUGAAAUCUUUGUUUUAUUUUAUUCUUUUUCUCCCCUUAUCUCAUUUAAAUUAAUCAAUAAAGAAAAUGUGAAAAUAUAUCAUUGGUAUUUACACUGGGUUAUUUCUUUUAAAACCCAAGUACAUA